AUGCCGCAGGUGGAGGCGGAGGCGGCGCGCGCCAUCUGGCGGUGGUGGUGCUGCUGCGCGCGGCGCCGCUACGUGGCGGGGCUGGGCGCGCGGCUGGCGGCGCGGCACCGCUCGCCCGCGUGCGCCGCGUGGCCGCCCGCGCCGCAGCCGCGCCUGCUGGGCGCCGCCGACCGCCUGCUGCGCGCGCUGCACCACCGCUGGCGCUGCGCGCUCUACCGCCGCGCCUUCGACCAGACGGCGCGCAACCGCAUGCGCGAGAAGGUCACGGCCAGCGUGCUGUUCCGGGAGCGCAAGGCCACGUACGCGCGCAGCGUGGCGCACCCCUUCGUGGGCGACUACGUGCGCCUGCGCGCGUCGGGCGCGUGGCGGCGCGGCGCGGGCGCGGCGCCGGCCGACCGCUACGUGGUGUUCGCGGACCUGGCGGCGCGCGUGUCGGCGGCGGCGGGCGCGUCGCGUGUGCUGGCCGUGCUGUCGACGGGCGCGCUGCUGCUGCUCGAGCCGCGCUCGCUGCGCGUCAAGCGGCGCGUGCCGGCCGGCGCCGUGUACCGCCUGUCGCUGUCGCCCUUCGCCGACGACCUGCUGGCGGUGCACGUGCGAGCGGUGAGUGACCUGGCCAAACGAACGCGGUAUCUGGGGCCGACUGCGGAUAUCAAACACGGACCUCACUCAAGUCAACUGUAUGUGAACACAUAA